AAAUAAUGGUUUUUAUCUUUUCCAGUGAUUAAUAGACUAGCAAUUUUUAUUUUUUAAUUAUUAUUAAAAUUGUUGAGUUCACGCAAAUUAUUAAUGUUGAAUUAAUUUUAUGAAAUUUUUAACAAUAUUUGAUAGUUGCUCAAUAAUUUUAACUUAAUGUCGAGCUAAAUUUUUUUCAUAAGAAUCGAACGUGCAAGUAAAAUUAAAAAUGAUUCUUUUGGAAACUAAUAAUCGUGUUGUCGAAGAGUCUAUUACUGUGCGCAUUAAAAAUUCUUUAUCCGGGAACAAACCCGAAACUACCAACAUAUUCAUAUCAGAUUAUGCGGGUGUGUUGUUUCAUAUUUCUAAUUUAGAUGGUCAAAAGAACAUGCUUAGAGUAAGUAUAGCAUUAAAGUUUUAUACUGAACUUCAAGAACAUGGUGCUACAGAAUUAUUAAAUCGUAUUUAUGGUUCUUAUGUUACUGAAUCUGAAUCUGGCUUUAACUUUUCAUUACUUAUUGACCUGGAAAAAAUUCCUAAUGAUUGGGAAGAAUUAGUAAAAAAAAUUGGACAAUUAAAACGAAACUGUUUUGCAUCAGUUUUUGAAAAGUAUUUUGACUUUCAAGAAAAAGGGGAAGAAGGUCAUAAAAGAGCAGUUAUUAAUUAUCGAGAAGAUGAAACUAUGUAUGUUGAGGCUAAGGCAGAUAGAGUAACUGUUGUAUUUAGUACAGUAUUUAGGGAUAGUGAUGAUGUAGUUUUGGGUAAAGUUUUUAUGCAAGAAUUGAGAGAAGGAAGACGAGCUAGUCAAACUUCUCCACAAGUUUUAUUUACACACAAAGAACCACCACUUGAACUACAAGAUACUAAUGCUCGAGUUGGCGAUGAAGUGGGUUACAUAACUUUUGUAUUAUUUCCAAGACAUACUAAUAGAGCUGCCCGAGAAAAUACAAUUAAUUUAAUACACAUGUUUCGUGAUUACUUACAUUAUCACAUUAAGUGUACAAAAGCAUAUAUACAUUCUUGUAUGAGAGCAAAAACUACAGAUUUUAUAAAAAUUCUCAACAGAGCUCGUCCAGAUUCUAAAAAAUCUAAUGAAAAGAAAACAAUUACUGGUAGAUCAUUCAUUCGAAAGGACUGAAAGUGUUUUAUUAUUGAUUAUUUAUAUAAGAAAUAAAAAUAAAGUUCAUAAGUAUUUAAUAGUUAUUAAACAAACACUAAUCAAUUCCAUAAAUAUUACAUAUGUUUAUAUUGUUAGCUAAUAAA